AUGUCACAAAAAAGGCCGCGCGGGACCGAUGGGUACUCCGAUGAUGGAUCUCUGCACGGGACGAGUGAACAUAGGAGUAGGACCGCUGCGUCGCUUGCGAUGUCAGAGUCUGAAUGGAGAUCGAGAGAGAGACGCAGGCUUCGUUUCCUGUCUAGAAAUGCUAAAAAGCCAGACGAUAACACACCAGAAGUAGCCGAAGACCAGACAGGUGUUGCGGUGGAAGCCGGAGAAGCAGAAUCGUCACAACUAGCUGGCGCGGUUGGAUUCCAAGAGGGAAAGCCAUGGCAAUCGUUGGUUGUUGGCAACUUAGGCGAAAACUUGAGUCACAUUGAGCGGAAAAAUCGCGAAAUCGAGCAACAGGAAUUCAUUGUGCGAUAUCACGAACAACAUUCGCCAAAUGAAGUAGACCAUAACAGGAGAAUCCUAAAUCAACUGAUACAGGAGAGAGCUGGAAUGGAGGAUAACGAGGAGAAUCAUAUGCCUGAGGACCAACGAGAAAAACGAAACCGCAUUUCUCAACGCUUGGAGUUGCUAAGAUGGAUCCUAGACAAUAGCAAAUGCGAAGAUGAGAAAAUCAAUGUCAGAGCAGCGAUCCAGGGGUACGAAUCCGGACAGAUACCGUAUUCUCACGACUUCACUUUGUUAUACGCGGGCCAUGUCGUAGACAGGUGUAGAGACUACAAAUCUUUCUGUGUAGAUAGACAUGAAAGACUCGAUCGUUACGCUGCCGAGCACGGGCCUGGCUGGCUCUGGCAAGAACCUCCUCUGGCAGGGACCGGGAAUGAUGUUCUAGCGAAGAAAGGUAUUUGUCUCAUGCGGAAUUUCCAGGUUGAUAAGUACGGUAUUGGCACCUACCAAAUCGCUCUUCAAUUUAGAGUCCAGCGUGAUAAAGUCUCGAGUAAUAAACGAAAAAGAACGCCAGAAAAAACCAGCGAAUCGGGAGAUGCAACAGAAAUCCCGAAAAAGGCACGCAGCAGAGACGCCUCGUGCCGAUUGGGCACGCUCCUGGACAGUGGUGCGACCUUUCCGAUCAUUCUUCAAUCUGACCUGGCGAGGUUGAACAUGAAUAUGACAGAAUACCCGGCUCAGGGAGUAAUGGAAGUGAAUGUAGUUGGGGGCAGAAAGAGAUUGAAAUGGUACGAGAUAUCACUGGUUAGUCGAGCAGAUGAGGCAGUAUGGCCAGCGGAACGGCCGACCUUGGGUGGGUUUUGUCCGGUUCUGGCUCAGGAAGACCAAGCCGGUAGCACUAGCUUUUCACAACGACUCAGCGGCAUGGUCCCGUUCGAUGCUUGCUACCUCUCCUCAGGGCCGGGUAUGUCGCGAAUCUGGUUAGGGGAAGAUCGGAGAGAUGUUUUAGGGACUAGUCGAUUGCCGGCUCAUCUCAGGUUUGAUACCGAUAAGAAGUUUGUCUUUCAAUUGCCUGAAGAGUUGGAGACCCUUCGAGCAGCUGCACAGACACCUGAUCGUGUAGUGUUUCUACACGAAUCGCUGAACGAAUCUGGCGACGUCAUCGUAGAUGCUGAUACCAACAUAAGAGGGAGGAGUGAGAUUGCUAUAGGGAAAUACCAGGCUGUGGAUCGCGGCCCUGGACAGAAACCAUAUACAAGGGUUGUGCCAAACCGGGUGAUCCAGCUUGAGCCACGGAAGGGAGGUAUAAAAGCCAUACCUAAACGAAAUCCGCGGUGGAGGAGCGAGUACGUUAAACCUCAGUCAUCCUGA